AUGGCCACAGCAGGAGGAACAGUCCUAGGGUCUCGAUUUGGACGCGCCGUGACCAUUCCCCAGUUGAAUAUGACCACUGAGGUUGGGCCAGCCAGGCCACUGUUACGCGGGGAGUGCAGCCGCCAUUAUCGCGUCUCUUGCCUUAGCGAUCGAGCGCAACAUCCCGUCUGCUUUGAUCAAGCCUUAGCCUUCCAGUUCAUCCACACGGUGAAUCGGUUCACUCGGUCUGGGUGGAGUCCACCAAACCGCCAGGACGGAAAGUCCGUUGGGUCCGUGGCUGGUGCGGGAGGCAAGAAAUGGACAUUCGACCUUCAGGAAGGGCAGAUGGUCGCAAGAACGUCGUUGAUUGGCAAUUCGAUGUGGGCGAUCCGCGAGCAAACGGCCAACGACCAACUGGUGAAGGCUUACGCCUCAGCCCAAUGA